UGUGCCAUGAGCAACUAAAGCACUGAGCAAGUGUCAGGGUCAAUAUUUAUAGACCACUACGUAGCUGCCUUGCAGAGAGAGAAAACCGGAGAGAAACGCGCACACAGAGGGCAAGGAAAGACAGACUGCAGUGGGGAGAAGAGUAAUUUCCAAUAUUUUUGCUUAAAAAAUUCUUUUUCACUGUCAGGUUCAAACUUCUGCUGAAUCAUAACCAUUCACCGCUGAGCUAUGACAAGAGAGGAGACAAAAAGUUAAACGAGCAAGCCUGCCCUAAGUGAGAAGCAAACUUACUUGAUAACAUGCUUUUGCGAAGUUCAGGAAAAUUAAAUGUGGGGACCAAGAAAGAGGAUGGUGAGAGUACAGCCCCCACCCCUCGUCCAAAGAUCUUGCAUUGCAAAUGCCACCACCAUUGUCCAGAAGACUCAGUCAACAAUAUUUGCAGCACAGAUGGAUAUUGUUUCACAAUGAUAGAAGAAGAUGAUUCUGGGAUGCCUGUGGUCACUUCUGGAUGUCUAGGACUAGAAGGCUCAGAUUUUCAGUGUCGGGAUACCCCCAUUCCUCAUCAAAGAAGAUCAAUUGAGUGCUGCACAGAGCGGAAUGAAUGUAAUAAAGAUCUGCACCCUACACUGCCUCCACUGAAAAACAGAGAUUUUGUUGAUGGACCUAUACACCACAAGGCCUUACUUAUAUCUGUAACUGUCUGUAGUUUGCUAUUGGUCCUUAUUAUUUUAUUCUGUUACUUCAGGUAUAAAAGACAAGAAACCAGACCUCGGUACAGCAUUGGGUUAGAACAGGAUGAGACGUACAUUCCUCCUGGAGAAUCCCUUAGAGACUUAAUUGAGCAGUCUCAAAGCUCAGGAAGUGGAUCAGGCCUCCCUCUGCUGGUCCAAAGGACUAUAGCUAAGCAGAUUCAGAUGGUGAAACAGAUUGGAAAAGGUCGCUAUGGGGAAGUUUGGAUGGGAAAGUGGCGUGGCGAGAAGGUAGCUGUGAAAGUGUUCUUCACCACAGAGGAAGCCAGCUGGUUCCGAGAGACAGAGAUAUAUCAGACAGUGUUGAUGAGGCAUGAAAACAUUCUGGGGUUCAUUGCUGCAGAUAUCAAAGGGACAGGGUCCUGGACCCAGUUGUACCUAAUCACAGACUAUCAUGAAAAUGGUUCCCUCUAUGAUUACCUGAAGUCCACCACCCUAGACACAAAAUCGAUGCUGAAACUAGCCUACUCUUCUGUCAGUGGCUUAUGUCAUUUACACACAGAAAUCUUUAGUACCCAAGGCAAACCAGCAAUCGCCCACCGAGAUCUGAAAAGUAAGAACAUCCUGGUGAAGAAAAAUGGAACUUGUUGUAUAGCUGACCUGGGCCUGGCUGUUAAAUUCAUUAGUGAUACCAAUGAAGUUGACAUCCCGCCCAACACCCGCGUUGGCACCAAACGCUACAUGCCUCCAGAAGUGUUGGACGAGAGCUUAAAUAGAAAUCACUUUCAGUCGUACAUUAUGGCCGACAUGUACAGUUUCGGACUCAUCCUCUGGGAGGUUGCUAGGAGAUGUGUAUCGGGAGGUAUAGUGGAAGAAUACCAGCUUCCGUAUCAUGAUCUCGUGCCCAGUGACCCUUCUUACGAGGACAUGCGAGAGAUUGUUUGCAUCAAAAAGCUCCGUCCCUCAUUCCCCAACCGGUGGAGUAGUGAUGAGUGUCUAAGGCAGAUGGGCAAGCUCAUGAUGGAGUGCUGGGCUCACAGCCCUGCGUCAAGACUGACAGCCCUGCGUGUUAAGAAAACACUAGCCAAAAUGUCAGAGUCCCAGGACAUUAAACUCUGAAGUGAGGGGAAGAAAUAAGCAUCUCUGGAGAAAGCCAGUACACAUUCUUCUGUUUGUGGGCGGAGCAAAAGGUGUUCCGGAAGCAUCCACAGUACAAGCCUUGAACAUCAUCCUGCUUCCCAGUGGGUUCAGCCUCACCUCUCAGGGAGCAGCCUGGACAAAGAGAAGUUCCCAGAAACACGUUCUCAUCGUGUCUGUUUGUAGGAGGGAGAAACCGCUUGGGUAACUCGUUCAAGAUGUAUGAUGCAUGUUGCUUUCUGAGAAAGCCCUGUAUUUUGGGAUUGUCUUUUUUUUUUUUUUCCAAGAGAUGCUUUAAUUUUGCCAAAAUAGAACAAAUAAUGUAGAUGUUUUAAGGUUUAUGCCAUUAUAGUUUAAAUGAUAACAACGAAAGUUCUUCCCGGAAAUUCUGCUGGAAGGUAAAUUUUAAAAUAUCUUUUUCCAUUAGUGAAAUUUUGUUGCACUCUGCGCACCAAAAGACAGUCUGUGGAGUUGGAGAACAUAGAAUGGAACUCCUCUGAAAAUCUCCCCGCUUCUGCCUCCUCAGACCGCUCGGGCCAGCCCUGCUCUUAGGGGCCGCCGCAGCAAUGUGAACGCGCCUGGGCACGAACGCCACCCGGCUGGGGCCACAUUUUGGGAUUCCUGCAGGUGCCCUUUUGUAGCUUCUGAGCAUACAGAACAAAUGAAGGUUUUAUGUGACUUGUUAGAAGUAGUAAGUGUCGACGCCCUUCUUCAGAACCACUUUGUCAUUCUGAUUCUUUUAAGGCAUUUCUGUCAUGGUAAAAUCCUUUUUAUUAAACACAAACAAAGGUGUUGUUUACGUGCAGAGAAUUGACCCACGCAUGGUUUUGAUCUCUCAAAUGAAAGGAUCAAUAUCAAAUAAAAUUGCCAUCAGUUGUAUUGAAAACAAGGCUCUUUGAAAUAGAGAUAAUUUGCUCCCGUGUCAUAAGAAAAAUGUGUCAGUAGGAUAAAGGGUGAGGGUGGGGGUGUGCAAAUGGCCUGUUAUGUAUUUAGAAGAGCCAGUCUCAGAAGCACAAGGGAAAAGGACGCAUACCUUAUUUUGUAUAGAUAACAAUGCUUUCUUUCUGUAAUUGUCUGUUUUGUGUCUGAGUGAAGGGAAGGAGAGAAAAGCAUGUCAGGUUAAUUUAACUAAAUUUUAAUUAAAAAAUAUAGCCUCCAAAUGGGGCAGCAGAAAGAGCUAGUGGAGGCUGCAAAAUACUGUAGCUGCUGUGAUUUAUUAUUCUAAAAUAGAUACGGAUCUAGCAUAUACGUCUUACGCGGUAAUUUUACAUCUUAGAGGAGUGCUGACUCAGUUUAUUUUAUUCUCGUGAUGUGCAGUUCACUUUUUAAUUUAUUUAUAUAUUUUUUUCUUCUCUGUGGCACUUGUGCAAAACAUCUCCUCACCUAUUCAAUUCUGCGGGGUUUUAAACUUUUGAGGAACGGGAGUCAAAUCAUUGACAGGGCCAAUAUUCCUUAGCAACAGGAACUUAAAGCUCAAAAUUGUGCACACCCCUCUCAACUGUGUUCAUUUGCAUUUCCUUUUCUUUGGUUUUCUCGUUUCUUCAAAAUGCUGCAGUGUUUAGUAAAGAAUCGGGAAGUACUUCUCUUUGGUCUUUUUAAAAACGACGUUCCUUCCAGAAUACUCCAGGGGGCACUGUUUUAUAACACAUUUUCACCACUUGGAGCCCGAAGGAUAGAGGGUUUUUGAAAAUUUGACAGCUGCGUGAGAAAUGAGAAAAUAUUCUCCUCACUUCUGGAGUAGGCUUGCAGCUGGUGACUUGUCCAUCCUGAAAACCUCUUAGAGCACAAAGUGGUUGUGAGCUCUGUGUAAGUUUGGGAGAACAGGAGAACUGGUGUUCUCCAUUCUAAGCAUUCACUUCCAAGUGCUUCA